AUGGGAGGGGCAGGCAUUUUGCUGCUGCUGCUGCUGCUGGCUGAGGUGGGGGCUGGGGCAGCUUGGAGACCCCCAAAGGGAAAAUGUCCUCUGAGCUGCUCCUGCUCCAAAGACAGUGCCCUGUGUGAAGGCUCCCCGGACCUGCCGGAGAGCUUCUCCCCGACCCUGCUGUCACUCUCGCUCGUCAGGAUUGGAGUUACCCAGCUGAAGGCCGGCAGCUUCCUGAGGGUGCCGUCACUGCACCUGCUCCUCUUCACGUUCAACUCCUUCUCCACGGUUGAGGAUGAUGCGUUUGCGGGCCUGUCCCACCUGCAAUAUCUCUUCAUCGAGGACAAUGAAAUUGGCUCCAUCUCUAAGAACGCUCUCAGAGGACUUCGCUCACUCACACAUCUGAGCCUGGCCAAUAACCAUCUCGAGACCCUCCCCAGAUUCCUGUUCCGAGGCCUGGAGACCCUGACUCAUGUGGACCUCCGUGGGAACCCGUUCCAGUGUGACUGCCGUGUCCUCUGGCUGCUGCAGUGGAUCCCCAGCGUGAACGCCAGCGUGGGGACCGGGGCCUGUGCCGGCCCCACCGCCCUGGCCCACAUGCAGCUCCGCCAUCUCGACCCCAAGACGUUCAAGUGCAGAACCAUAGAGCUGUCCCGGUUCCAGACGGUUGGGGAGUCGGCGCUGGGCGUGGAACCUUUCUCCUACCAGGGGGAACCCCACGUGGUCCUGGCACAGCCCUUUGCUGGUCGCUGCCUGAUUCUUUCCUGGGACUAUGGCCUGCAGCGCUUCCGGCUUGAGGAAGAGCUAUCUGCUCCCUCGGUGGUGUCCUGCAAGCCGCUGGUGCUGGGCCUGCGCCUCUUCGUGCUGGCGGCCCGCCUGUGGGGAGGCUCGCAGCUGUGGGCUCGGCCCGGGCCCGGCCUGCGCCUGGCCCCGACUCAGGCCCUGGCCCCAAAGCGUCUGCUGAGGCCUAAUGACGCUGAGCUCCUGUGGCUAGAUGGGCAGCCCUGCUUCGUGGUGGCCGAUGCCUCCAAGGCAGGCAGCACCACGCUGCUGUGCCGCGACGGGCCUGGCUUUUACCCACGCCAGAGCCUCCACGCCUGGCACCGGGACACGGAUGCCGAGGCCUUUGAGCUGGACGGCCGGCCUCAUCUGCUGUUGGCCUCAGCCUCACAGCGGCCCGUGCUCUUCCGCUGGUUUGGGGGCCGCUUCGAGAGGCGCACGGACAUCCCCGAGGCCGAGGACGUCUACGCCACACGCCACUUCCAGGCCAGUGGGGAUGUGUUCCUGUGCCUGACACGCUACAUCGGGGACUCCCUGGUCAUGCGCUGGGAUGGUUCCAUGUUCCGCCUGCUGCAGCAACUUCCUUCACGUGGUGCCCACGUCUUCCAGCCACUGCUCAUAGCCAGGGACCAGCUGGCUAUCCUGGGCAGUGACUUCGCCUUCAGCCAGGUCUUCCGCCUUGAGCCUGACAAGGGGCUCCUGGAACCGUUGCAGGAGCUGGGGCCCCCAGCCUUGGUGGCCCCCCGGGCCUUUGCCCAUAUCGCCAUGGCUGGCAGACGCUUCCUCUUCGCUGCUUGCUUCAAGGGCCCCACACAGAUCUACCAGCUUCAUGAGUUAGACCUCAGUGCCUGACACUGGAUGGGAGCCUGGACAUGGUUGGGGAGGGGGCUGGCGUGGGGAGUCUAGGGCCUCUGGACACCCCCUUGACUGACCUCUUGGCCCCACUUGGGGUUAUGGCUGGUCCUGUGAGAUACUGGCCACAGGCCAAGUUCAAGGCAAGAACUACCCUCCAGUCUUAAGCAACAUCUUGGCUGGGGCAAAUGCUGGGCGCUCAGACUGGGGCACGGAACCGGAUUCCGGAAGUCGUGGUGGAGUAAUGUGCAGAGCCCCAUGAGGUCUGGAAGCACCCCCCCCCCCCCCCUCCCCUCAACCCACCCCUCCUACCCCAGCUCCCUGUGAAAGUACCCAGGAGGAGAUGGCUUUCCUCUCCCACUAAACUCAAUCUGGCCAAUCGCUUUUAGUGCACGCCUCCAUGACGUCAUCAGUUGCUGGGCAGGUUUUCCUGCCAGGCUUGCUAACUUCCUCUGUUGCUGUGCGCAUGCCUGCUGUCAAGGCGGAAGCCCAGCACGUCCUGUCCUUGCUGGUGGGAGGGAAAGCGAGAGUUUUUGC